UUUGCAGAGUACCUUAAUCCUCUGGAGGAGGCGUUACGAUCCAAACUGAUUCCCGCCAUAACCAAUAGAAGUACUCCAGGAGACAAGAUGAGAAGGCUUUUUGCAUUACCACCUCGACUAGGCGGCCUUGGAAUUGUAGAUCCACGUUCGUUGACUUGUGAGCUGGAAUACUCAAAGUUAAUUUGUGCGCCACUGGUCAACCGAAUUGUGCAACAAGAAACAAACCUGGAUAACGUUCCUACCAAGCAGAAUUCUAUGAAAGCUAGCAUUCGCCAGCAAAAACAUCUAGCACAAAAGUCUCAUUCUGAAAUCACUGUCAAUGAUCUAUCUGUGGAAUUGAAACGUUCAGUUGAAUUGGCCUGUGAGAAGGGUGCCUCCUGCUGGCUGACCGCAAUCCCACUAGAGCAACACGGAUUCACUUUGCACAAAUCUGCGUUUCGGGAUGCCCUGUGCCUCAGAUACGGUUGGCACCCGUCCAACCUACCAGACAUAUGUCCAUGUGGAUCUAAAUUCUCAGUAGAUCACUCUCUGUCAUGUCCAACAGGAGGAUACCCCAGCAUCCGCCAUAACGAGGUCCGCGAUUUAUUUACCAACUUGUUGACAGAGGUUUGCCACGAUGUACACAAAGAGCCCGUUCUGCAACCUCUCAACGGCGAGGUGUUUCAAAAACGCUGUACUACCUCUGACGAAAAUGCCAGACUUGAUAUUGCUGUCAGUGGAUUUUGGGGUGGGCACUUCCAACGAACUUUCUUUGACGUCAGGGUCUUCAACCCUAAUGCCUCAUCCUACAAAUCAGUGCAGAUCCCGUCAUUAUAUAAACGGCAGGAACAAGAGAAGAAAAGGCGAUACGAGGAACGAAUUAAUAACGUGGAGCUUUCAUCGUUCACGCCAAUCAUUUUAGCAUGCACUGGAGGAUGCAGUAAACUGACGUCUAUUUUUUUGAAAAGACUAGCCUCACUUUUAUCGGAAAAGCACCACACCGAGUACAGCACAACUAUCAACUGGCUGAGAUGUCGACUGUCAUUUGCACUCCUUCGGGCCUGCGUGAUGUGUUUGCGAGGAUGCAGGUCCAAGCUUCACAGAACCUCAAGGGACUUCAAACUUGCCACUCGCUUAUAG